AAUUUCUUCGAUUUCCUCUUCGUGCUCUUGUUUUGGUGAAUUUUGAUUUCUCGUCCUUUCUCUUUGGAUGCGUUCUCUGUGUUUGGAUGCUUGGAAAAUGGGGGAGAAGAAAAGAGAGAGUCAAGCGAAAUUCGGAGUCUCUACUAAUUCUCUUCUUUUUCAGUGAUUCGGGAAAUAAUAAACAGGUUCCAACUAACUAAGGGAGCACUUCAACUUUCAAUUCUCUAUUUUGCUUUCGCAUUUUCUUAUCACUCAUUGGAAGUUUUACUCUUCGGAAUCACUCUAAAAAAGCAAGUGGAAUUAGCCCUUUCUUCCCAGGAGGAUCCCCCAUUCACGCAAACCCCCGCUCAAACUGUUUUGAGGUUGGAUUUUUUUAUGGAAACAGUCCUUUGCUGAGCAAUAGGGGCAGGGAUGAUUCAAGAUGCAGUUGAUACUGUGGUGGACUGUCUAGACAUUGUGCAUAGUGUUGGAUAAACUGAAAAACAUGGGUGAUUUUGUGGAUGAAGUGCAUAAUAGAGAUGGUGGGGUGGUUAGUUCUUCUAAAAGGGAUGUUAUAGCAUUUGAAGGGGAUACAGAUUUUGAGCCACGCAAUGGCAUUGAAUUUGAAUCGCAUGAGGCAGCAUACUCAUUCUAUCAAGAAUAUGCCAAAUCUAUGGGAUUCACCACUUCAAUUAAAAACAGUCGUCGCUCGAAGAAAUCAAAAGAAUUCAUUGAUGCCAAAUUUGCAUGUUCCAGAUAUGGAGUCACUCCAGAAUCAGAUAGUGGGAGCAGUCGGCGGCCAAGUGUGAAAAAGACGGAUUGCAAAGCCAGCAUGCAUGUGAAGAGACGGCUGGAUGGGAAGUGGAUUAUUCAUGAAUUCAUAAAGGAGCAUAAUCAUGAGCUUUUACCUGCUCUAGCAUACCAUUUCCGAAUUCAUAGAAAUGUAAAGUUAGCUGAGAAGAAUAAUAUUGACAUUUUGCAUGCUGUUAGCGAACGAACUAGAAAGAUGUAUGUUGAAAUGUCUAGACAAUCUGGUGGGUAUCAAAAUAAUGGGUUUCUUCAGAGUAACAUAAGUUAUCAGUUUGAUAAAGGCCGGCACUUGACUUUGGACGAAGGAGAUGCCCAAGUUAUGCUUGAGUACUUUAAGCGUAUUCAAAAGGAGAAUCCCAACUUCUUCUAUGCGAUGGAUUUGAAUGAAGAGCAGCGUUUGAGAAAUCUGUUUUGGGUUGAUGCCAAAAGUAGGCAUGAUUACAUUAGUUUUAACGAUGUUGUUUCUUUUGAUACCUCCUAUAUCAAAAGCAAUGAUAAAUUGUCAUUUGCUCCUUUUGUUGGGGUGAACCAUCACUUUCAGUCUAUGUUGCUUGGAUGUGCAUUGGUUGCGGAUGAGAGUAUAUCAACAUUUGUUUGGUUAAUGAAAACAUGGCUUAGAGCAAUGGGUAGGCAAGCUCCCAAAGUGAUAAUCACUGAUCAAGACAAAGCGUUGAAGGCAGCCAUUGAGGAAGUCUUUCCGAAUACACGGCACUGCUUUUCUCUUUGGCAUAUAUUUGAAAAAGUCCCUGAAAGUCUAGCUCAUGUGAUCAAACAGCAUGAGAAUUUUUUGCCAAAAUUCAACAAGUGCAUUCUCAAGUCAUGGACGGAUGAACAGUUUGACAUGAGAUGGUGGAAAAUGGUUACUAGAUUUGAACUUCAAGAUGAUGAAUGGAUACGGUCCUUGUAUGAAGAUCGAAAAAAGUGGGUGCCUACUUAUAUGGGGGAUACUUUUUUAGCUGGAAUGUCUACACCUCAGCGUUCUGAAAGUAUGAACUCUUUUUUUGACAAGUAUAUUCAUAAGAAAAUUACUCUGAAAGAGUUUGUGAAACAAUAUGGGACAAUUUUACAAAAUAGGUAUGAAGAAGAAGCCAUAGCAGAUUUUGAUACAUGGCACAAACAACCUGCAUUAAAAUCUCCUUCACCUUGGGAAAAGCAAUUGUCAACAGUUUACACGCAUGCCAUAUUCAAGAAAUUCCAAGUUGAGGUUUUAGGUGUUGUUGGCUGCCAUCCUAAAAAAGAAAGCGAAGAUGGAACAACUACUACAUUUAGAGUUCAAGAUUGUGAGAAGGAUGAGUAUUUUAUGGUAACAUGGAAUGAAACAAAGUCAGAGGUUUCUUGUUUCUGUCAUUUGUUUGAUUACAAAGGUUUCCUGUGUAGACAUGCAAUGAUUGUUCUCCAAAUUUGUGGUCUUUCAAGCAUCCCAUCUCAUUAUAUUUUGAAGAGGUGGACAAAAGAUGCAAAGAGCAGGCAGUCAAUGGUUGAAGGAGCAGAAAGGAUACAGACUAGGGUGCAACGUUAUAAUGAUUUAUGUAAACAAGCCAUUGAAUUGAGUGAAGAAGGAUCACUAUCUGAGGAGAGUUAUAGUAUUUCUUUUCGGGCAUUAGUAGAAGCUCUGAAGAAUUGUGUGAAUGUGAAUAACUCAAACAUCAAUAUUGCAGAAUCCGGUAGCAAUGUUCAUGGUGUUCGUGUAGAAGAGGAGAAUCAAGGGAGCCUGAGAGCUAAAACAAGCAAGAAGAAAAGUACAUAUAAGAAAAGAAAGGUACCAUCAGAGCCAGAUGUUUUACUUGUUGAGGCGCAAGACAGCUUGCAACAAAUGGAUAAUCUAACCUCCGAUGGAAUGACCCUUAAUGGAUAUUAUGGCACUCAACAGAAUGUGCAAGGACUGGUGCAGUUGAAUUUGAUGGAGCCACCUCAUGAUGGGUACUAUGUUAAUCAACAAAGCAUGCAGGGGCUGGGGCAAUUGAAUUCAAUAGCACCCAGCCAUGAUGGUUUUUUUGGCACUCAACAAAGCAUCCAUGGGCUGGGACACUUGGAUUUUCGACCUCCGCCAAAUUUCAGUUAUAGCCUUCAGUUGCAGGAUGAAGCCCAUUUAAGAUCCGCGCAGUUGCACAACAAUGCUUCAAGGCAUGCAUGAGGAAGAAACAACUUUGAGUAGCUGGAUUCAGUUGCCUCAUGGAGGUGGCUAUUAUCAAUGGUAUGUCCAGGAGGUGAUUCCAGAAUCUCUCACUGCCUCAGUUUCCCGUUUGGAAGAAGAUUCAUACUCAAAAGAAGCCAAAUGCAUUUGUUUCCAGUAUGAAGGUAACAGAGUUCCUGUAUAUUUUACAUGGGAAGCUAACUUGCAGAAUUUGGGCUGGUUCUAUUAAUCCCCAGAAAAGACAAAAGAAAGGAAAGAAAAAAAGAAGUUAUUCAUGCAUCAUAGUUGUAGCUGUUAUGGCAACACAGCUUGAGAGCAUGAGUAAUCUGGAUCAAUUUAAUGGAUCCAUCGCUUGAAGGUACCAAAUUCUCGUAAGCUAUUAGAAGAAUUGGAAAUUUAUACUGUUCGAGGAGAAACAUACUUCUGACGGGUUAAAUUCAAAAGAUCUUCAACGUGUGGACAAUUUUAAGAAUGCACCCUUUCUUGCACAUCAGAGAUCAUAAAAUUACUGCAAAAGGCCCUUCCUUUGUAUAUGCUAUUUGUAUCAUUAUGUUUUAAAUUGAUUUAGUGUCGCGGGUUUGAUCUGUUCCCUGA